AUGAGCGAAGCAGCGGUCCAACACGUCGAUGUGGCCAUCAUUGGCGCAGGUUGGUAUGGCCUCGUGGCAGCCAGAACCUAUCUUCGCCUGCGGCCUGAUAUCAAUCUUCUCAUUGUCGAUUCGGACUCCACAGUCGGCGGUGUUUGGAGCAAGGAGAGGCUGUAUCCCAAUCUAGUGGCACAAGUCAAGCUCGGGCUUUUCAACUACUCCGAUACCCCCAUGCAGCCCUAUGGCGGAGACAAGAAUGACCCCAGAGUAACCGGAGACAUGAUUCACGAUUAUCUGCAUACCUACGCGGAAGAACACGAUCUCUUGCGUCGCAUCAGGUUCAAAACUUUCGUGACGAAUGCUUCGCAAACAACCAGCGGCGGAUGGCGUCUCAAACUUGACAAAUCCGAUCAUGUCAUCGAGGCCGCAAAACUUCUGGUAGCCACCGGAGUCACGUCUAUUCCGUUCACCCCCGAGCUUCGCCAGUCGGGCGACGCUAUUCCCCGCGUCCAUUCUCGAAGCCUGGGCACAUCAUUCAGUGCCAUUCAAGACCCGGCAGUCCAGUCUGUGGUUGUAGUCGGCGCUGCGAAGUCGGCUUACGAUGCUGUUUAUCUCCUGCUAAAGAUGGGCAAGGAUGUGACCUGGGUGAUCCGGUCCGAAGGAGCAGGGCCUUUAGCAAUUCUCCCUUUCGAGAUCCUGGACACGGUAAACGCCAUCGCCUUUGCGUCGACGCGACUCAUGACGUAUCUGAGUCCUUCUAUUCUUAAUGCUGACGGAGCUAUGGCUCGGUUGUUCCAAGGGACAUGGCUGGGACGGUGGUGUGUUGGACGAUUCUGGGACUUUCUGGAUCUCGUAAGCCAGAGGCAUGCUGGCUACGGCGCGGGCGACCACGUUGAAAUGCUCAAGCCUGAAAUCGAGAGACAAGGUGUAUUCUGGGCCCAUUCCGGCCUGGGCGUUGUUACUCUGCCAGACUUCUGGCCGACACUUCACAGCAAACGGCUCACUGUGGUCCGGGACGAGCUCGCCGAGACAAAGGACAAGACCGUUCUUCUCAAGUCAGGAAACACUAUAGAGGCUGACUACAUCAUUUCGUGCACAGGUUGGGGAGAUCAUUUCGGUAUGUUCGACCUGCACCAUAAAUCCAAGAUCGGACUCCCGCACCCUCCAUCUGAGGCCCUGGAUGGGAGUGGCAUCGUGGACUGGAAUCUUUAUGACGCGGCGGCGGACGAAGAGGUCAACAUCAAGCUGCCAUUUCUGGCCAAUCCGCCGGCUCUGGCUUUCGAAAAACCACUGUCCUCUGCGCACCAAAAGAAAUGGCGACUUUACCGACGCGUGGUGCCAGUGGGAAUGGGCGAUAGCGGCGACAGAUCUGUUGCUAUCUUGGGACAAAUUCACACUGUACAGACGCCUCUCGUGUCCGAGGUGCAAUCUCUUUGGGCCAUCUUGUACUUGGAGGGCGAUAUAGACCUCCCAGACACGAAGGUCAUGGCGAAAGAGGUGUCUUUGUGGAACGCCUGGACGCGCAAGCGAUACCUCGGCCAGGGCCAAAAGUUCCCUUACUCGCUCUACGACUUUCUCCCUUACGUCGAUGUGCUCUUCAAAGAUUUAGGGCUCUGCAGCCGCCGCAAGUCCAACUGGGUGUCGGAAUUUCUUAGUCCCUAUCGGCCGGAGGACUUUGGUGGAUUUGUUGACGAAUAUCUCGCCAACAGGAAGAUGGAAAAUAACCGCGAUUCCUAA